UCCCCCUCAAUCCCCACCGUCAACCCCUCAUAUCAUCUCCAAACCACCCAAAACCACUGGUCUUCACUUCCCUUCUCUCAAAUCAUCAAACGGAGAAAAAGAGUCGCAGCAAUUCCCAUUCAUUUCAAUUCACCAAAUCAUUGCAGCAAUGGCCACUCUCCAACAAACCCCAAUCUCUCUCCAAUCCAAAACCCCACCGCCACCGCUCUCCUCCGCCCUCACCGCCAGAUCCACCGCCGUCUCCUUCUCCUCCACAUUCACCCCCCUCAACCUCAAACUCACCGCCGCAGCAGCAUCCACCUCCGUCCGCCGCGGAGGCGGCGCUUGCGGCGCGCGGAUGAACGCCACCGCCGCCGCAAGCUACGCGGCGGCUCUGGCCGACGUGGCGAUAUCCAACAACACCCUGGACGCCACCGUCGCCGACGUGGAGAAGGUCGAGAAGUUCUUCGCGGAGCCGUCGGUGUUCGACUUCUUCACCAACCCCACAGUCAACCUGGAGAAGAAGCGCGGCGUCCUCGACGAAAUCGCCAAGUCGUCGGCGCUGCAGCCCCACACGGUGAACUUCCUCAACAUUUUGGUUGAGGCCAAGAGAAUCGACGUCAUCAAGGACAUUGUCAAGGAGUUUGAGAUCGUUUACAACAAGCUUACGGAUACGGAGCUGGCCAUAGUGUGCUCGGUGGUGAAGCUGGAGUCGCAGCACUUGGCGCAGAUAGCCAAGCAGGUGCAGAAGCUCACUGGCGCCAAGAAUGUCAGGAUCAAGUCGGAGAUUGAUCCCAGUUUGGUUGCGGGGUUCACUGUGAGAUAUGGCAAUUCUGGGUCUAAGCUGAUUGAUAUGAGUGUCAAGAAGCAGCUCGAGGAGAUUGCUGCUCAGCUUGAUUUGGGUGACAUCAAGCUCAAUCUAUAAAACUCCAUUGUCUCUUGAUUUUCCAUUUUUUUGGAUCUUACUAUUAUAUAUUGAAUAUAUUUUCGGAUGCUGUAAUGGGAAAAAGCCAUGUUUGAAAAUAUAACGCCUGCAUUCCUUCUGGGAAA